CACAAAUAGCGUUAAUAGCGUCUCUCUGAACGCACUUACGGUGUCAUGCAUAUCAUCGUGAUAGUAAUCGCUUCUUAGCAACAAGAAGUUGACACUCAUUAUGUAUAGAUUUUCUCGGCAGCUGUGUCAAGCGUUCGUAUUAUCGAGUUGUUCUCACAGAAAUCGACACGUAUCGAUAAGUUGUCGACAAUUUUUGAAAAUUACGUUUAACCGUCCAAGUACAGACAAUCUGACAAGAACCUUGUAUUCUUCGAGUAUACCCUAUCGGGAAAAGAAUAUUGAAGCUCUGUGCAAUAACGGAAUGGCAAUAAAAGAAGAAUUUAUAAUUUAUUAUUUAGACUUACUACGAGAAUUAGAGAAGGAGAAGCCAGAUUUUCUGCUCUUUGAUGUUAGAGAACCUGAAGAAAUUGAGUGUUACGGACAAAUACCAAAAACUAUUAAUAUAAGAGUUGAUGAUGUCGUUAAUGAACUCGUAAACCUUAAGGACGAAAAUUUCAAAAAAAAAUAUGGGAUACCUAAACCGGAUCAACAUACAAAAAUGAUAUUUAGUUGCUACUCUGGUAAAAGAGCUGAGAAUGCUGUAAAAAAGAUGAAUGAAAAAGGAUACACACAGGUAUAUUUAUACAGGGGAGGUUUCAGGGAGUGGCAUGACAAACAAAACCUGGAAAGACAAACUUUUAUAAUCAAAUAUGAUCAACUAUUGGAAGAUCAAAAAAAGUCUGAUGUUUUGAUCGUCGAUGUUAGAGAGCCUGAAGAGUUAGCUGAAACUGGCAAAAUAUCCGAAAGUAUUAAUAUAAAAUCGAGUAAUGUUGUUGAAGAAUUCAAAGAACUUUCGGAGGAGGAUUUUGAGGAAAAAUACGGUAAACCCAAGCCGACUAAAGACACAAAAAUCAUAUUUAGUUGUCGCUCUGGCAACAGAUCCAAACGUGUCCAAAAACAGAUGCAGGAAUUGGGAUACAAACAGGUAUUUAAUUUUGAAGGAGGUUGGGAGGAGUGGAAACGAAGAGAAGAAGAAAAGGAAAACGAAAUGAAAAACGAUAGUGGAACACAAAAGGGGAAUUAGAAUAUUUUCGUUAUUGCACUGAUUUUUAGCAUAUAUAUAGCAUUUUGAGAUACUCUAUUGUUGUAACUAAUAAAAGAUAAAAUUUUAUUUUGAUGCAAUAUUGUUGGAUAUUAAACACUAAGUAUAAGCAUAU